AUGGUCGUGAAUAGGGUUUUGACCUCUGAGACGAAUAUUCUCUCGUUGAUCCGGACGGAGAGUCGAUUGGUUUGUAUAUCCAUAUUCAUUGCCUUGGCCCAAUUCCAAUAUGGCUACGACUCUGCCGCCGUCUCGGGCUUCCAGAGCAUGCCGGGAUUCCUCAAAGUUUUCGGCUAUUUAGAUCCUGGAACUGCUUUAGGUUACAACAUCAGCACGUCAGUUCAGACCCUUGUACAGAGCCUGAUGCAAGUCGGUGGGCUCUUGUCAUGCCUCGUCAUCUUCAAGUAUGGUGCCUACAUCAGCAACAAAGGAGGACUGUGGGCUGGAUCCGCUUUUUCUGUGCUUGCAAUCAUCCUACAGAUAAGCAGUACCCACCUUGGGGCGCUCUAUGCGGGACGACUGUUUCUUGGUAUCUCCAACGGCUUAUUCCUAACCUACUCUGCAACCUACCUGGGAGAGAUCGCAUCUGCCCAUCUACGUGGCUCUGCCGUGGGAUUAGUCACCUUUCAGACCUCUUUUGGGGCACUGAUUGGUAUUCUGGUUGAUAAUUACACGACGAGAUAUACAUCCCGUGCAGCAUAUCAGAUCCCGCUGGGCGUCAUGUUCGUGGUUCCGGCGCUGCUGUCGAUAGGAUUGCUCUUCUUACCGGAGAGUCCGCGGCACUAUGUGCGUCUCGGGUUAGACGAAAAAGCAGAAGACUCAAUUCGAGUGCUGAGGGGUGUUUCCGACCGGGAUCGACUUGCAGCCGAGGUCUCUAGCAUCAAAGAAGCAUGGGUCUUUGAGAGCGAAGCUGGCCAGUCUGUACGCAUGACUGACGCUUUCAGACGCCCGGAUAUCAAGCGCACAAUCCUUAGCCUUUGUGCUAGUGUCGGACAGACGGCGAGCGGAAUUAUAUUCUUUUCCGGUUUCUCCGUCUACUUCUACGCCGAGGCUGGAGUCACCAAUUAUUUUGUCUGGGUCAUGAUGAGCUUGGCAAUUGCCCUUACAGGAAAUAUGGGCGCUUUUGUUGUCAUGAGAUUUGUUGAGCGACGAAUCUUACUUGGAACGUGCUCAGCCCUCAACGCAGCAGUAAUGUUUUCUAUCGCUGCUGUAUACACCAGACUGAGCGUUGAAUCAUAUACGGCGGCACGAAUUCUGGUGGCAAUGGGCACCCUUUUCACCUGGCUUUAUGGCAUUGGACAGGGGCCUGUUCUGUGGGCCCUUACAGUCGAGCUUCCAUCGCAACGUCUGAGAUCAAAGACUGUGGGUCUUGCAACCGGCUUUAACUAUAUUUUUGGUUGGGUUGCGACCUACUGCACUCCGUAUUUUAUUAACCCGGGAGCACUGAACUGGGGCCCGAAAUAUUGUUAUAUUUGGGGUGCCAGUAAUGUGAUCCUGGCUCUUUGGGCCUUUACUAUGGUGCCAAACCUGAAGGGGAGGAGUUUGGAGGAUAUUUCCACCUCGCUGGUGUCUCUUCCCGCGACCAAGAGUGCGGAGUCGGGAGUUGUCGUAGAUCAUUGCGAGGACGCGAGUCGCGAAUAA